AUGCUUUGGAUUGCUUCGCUUUUUGUUUUUGCCAACAUCAAUUUAUUAUUAAACGUACUCGCGACGACAGAUAUAACGUUUCAAGUAUUUGAAAAAGAUACCGAAAUCCUUCCAGCAGCUUUUGGGGAUUUCAAUAGUGAUGAAAUAACUGAUUUAUUUGUUUUACGCAAUAAAAGUAAAACAAUUGAAAUUCUUUUGGGGUCAAAUGAAGGGACUCCAUUACUCAAAGCCGCCGAUUUAAAAUGUACUUUUAACAAUUCUUCAAUAACCAAUGUCGUACCGGGAGAUUUCAAUGGCGACGCUCUCAUGGAUGUACUCGUUACAACCAAAAAUAUUAAAAAUGAAAAAAACCUCAAUGUUCAUUUGCUUUGGGGAAGUGGCACUAGUCUAAAUUGUUCUUUCAAUGAAAGUAAACCCUUUUUAACAUUAAAGGGAGAGCCUUUGGCUAUUGAUUGCAAUAGGGAUUUUAUUAUAGAUUUAUUUGGAGUAGAUGAAUAUGGUCGUAGAGGGAUUUGGGUUUUUAAUAAAAAUUCUCAACCUGUAUUUCAAAAUUUGAGAUCUGAGGGGAAAAAUUCUUAUAAAAUUCGAGACCCUCAUUCAAAUGCAUUUUUAGAUUUAAAUAAUGAUAAUAUUCCAGAUUUAUUUUUAACUGCACAAAACCAAGAAAGUUAUGUUUUUGAAGAGUGGUAUGGUCUACUUGAAAGUCCAUAUUUUUUUUUCAAUAGGCUAAUUAAACCACCGCAAGAUGUAAGAUAUAAACUUGGACAAUCGGUUUUCCUGGAUUUAGAGCUUAAAGGAAAAUUGGAUCUUGUUGUUCCUGUGAUAGAUAAAGUAAAUCCUAGAAUUUUAGUUUACGCUCAUGAUAAUUGGAAAGAAUUGAAUGUCAAUUUUAAAAAUGAAAACAACAUUUGGCAUUUUAUGGAAAACGGUCUUCCAUUUUCUAAAUCCGUUAUCCUUCGAGGAGGAGAUUAUAAUAUGGAUGGUUAUCCAGAUUUAUUGGCCAUUCUCACAACGGGAAAUUUAAAUCGAACAUUUCUUUUGGAAAAUGUACCUUGUUCAACCGGAUGCAACAAUUUUUCUCGAUCUUUUCAAAUUAAUUGGAAUGGCUUUGGAAAUAAUUUGAACGAUACUGCGGCUGGUGUAUUUUAUGAUAUUUUUCAAGAUGGAAUUUUAGACAUUUUGUUAAUAAGAAAGCACAAAAACGAAAGUUUGUCUAAUCAAAACUAUUCUAAAGAAAUAGGACGGUUUAAAACUAACAAAAAUACAUUUGGAACCAAUCUUCCUGGACCUAAAGUAUCUUAUAAAACAGUUGAUCAAGAUGGAUACGAAAGGACGGGGGUGAGUUCGCAGCUACCCCAAAGUGCCCAUUUUUCCCUCAAUUUGCCUUACAUAAUGUUUUCCUUGGGUAGGACUCCCAAUUUUGUUGAUAAUAUAACAAUAGGUUUUGCUUCUAAACAUAGAGAUCUUUUUCAAGUAAUUCCAAAUUCUCAAAUGGUCGUCAUACCUGUGCAAAUUGACAAUCCUGCCAAGUGGAAAGUUCAGUUAUUUGUCACUCCCAGUAAAAUUAUCCUAUUAAGCUCGGUUGCUUUAUUUGGAACUUGUAUUUUAAUUAUAAUGAUUAUAUUUUUUUUGCAUUGGAAAGAAAAAAAAGUUGACAGACUUGAAAGACUACAAGAAGCUCAUAGAUUUAAUUUCGAUGCGAUGUAA